AUGUCCAUUCCAAGUGGCAAUGUACACCUUGGUGAUGCAAUUUACCAGUCUCACUUCGGUGAUCAAAAUGCCGGAGAAAACAACCUUGCUGGUGGUACACAUACUCGUUUCUUUGGACAAUCUACUAAUCCGCCCACUUCUCAUUUACCAGGCAACUCUGCUCAUUUUUCACAAUGUUUGUACAUGGUAUAUCCAAAUGGGACCUCCUCCCCAACGUACUUCGCACCCCAAAACGUCGUCCCUGCCUCUGCUAUUGGUCCUGCUGUUGUAACACAGUCGCCUACAACUCCUAACAGCGUAUCAGUAAAUUCAAUGACCCAGCCGCCUCAACAGCAACCAACCUUUGUGUUAAACCUUAUUGAUGGACAACCAAUUCCCUGUAUGCCGAUACAACAGGUUCUUGUGGCGACCCAAGGACAAGUAACUACUUCUCCUGUAUUCGCGAAUGGGAACUUUCCGGGGACACCCAAUGGCGGUAAUGGUACAAAUAUGCAGAGUGAUGGAUAUCUCGCUGAUAAUGUAAGGGAGGGUGGACUGACUCCAUUGCAGCCGGUUUAUUUGAACGAUCAGCAAAUGGCGACUGGCUCACCAGGGGUUUCACUCUCCCCAACACCUCUCACACAUGUUUCCGCUCCUCCCUUGGGGUUCUCUCGGCAUUUUGCAUCGUGUUCACUAGUACAAAAUGGGAGCAACUCUCUGCAUGAGGAAACUUCCAAUAAUAAUGGAAGUAGUGGAGGUAGCAGUAGCAAUGGUAACACCAACAACAAUAACAAUAACAACUCCCUUCCUGUAGACGAAGAAAGGGUAGAAGUAUACGCUCCUGACUUUACAUCGGUAAUUUCUUUACCGGCUUCUUCAAUUCUACAUCGUCCUCCACCAUCAUUAGGUGUUUCACGUCUUGUUCUAUGUCGCAAGUACAUUCCUGGUCGUCCAGAUAGCUGCUGGAAAGGUUCUAUGUGUAAAUUUGUACAUGCUGAUCCUACAGGGGCACCACGUUCUCCGAUUCAUGUUAACUAUUCUUGGAAUAGCGUUGAACGUUGCACAUACCCUCACCUUCCACCGGGUGAAAUGAUUCUUGUUUUAGCGCCCAAUGGACGACAACCAGCAGAAACGUUUCCAAGUGAACGUGUUUUGGUUACACGUGGUAGCCUUAAUCGCAAGAGUCAUGUGGGUCCACUUUCGCGUUGUGCACAUUACUACUUUAAUCGACUCUGUAACCGCGGGGAGGAUUGUAACUUUAUUCAUACAAUGCAUGUUGACCCAAAUGUGGAUGUGGACUUCAAGCGUGCCCCAGCUUCUACCACAAUUGCACCAAUCAAAAGACGAGGUUCUCGAACAAAGACGACCUCGUCGACGGCAGGCGAUGAAGCUACAUGUGGUAUCACACCAUUGCAAAACGUUACAGUGGGGACAUCACAACAAGAUGUGGGUGCUACUAUUGCUAUCAAUGGUAUUAGCACUACAACGACCACUACUGGUAUCACUAGCGCAUCUGACUUGGGUGGUGGAGAUCCGAAUACCAACAUGGUUUCACCUUCAGGACAGGGAUUUUACCUUGCCGUACCACAGCGUGCCACACUUUCUCUUUCCCGAUCUUUAUCCUCAGUCGGAGGUGGUAGCGCGCGAAGUAGUAACAGUGGCGCAACGAAUCCAAUGGAAUGGUCGUUUGUGGAAAACUUGGAGACUUCCUUGUGGUCAGAUGGGGAUACAAGUCCUAUGUUGUAA